CAAAAUGGAAUUAUAUGAAAAGAUACGGUUUUACUUAUAAAAUGGCAAUGUACAACUCAUCUACAUUACCCAUAUCUUCUUGAAAGUUGAAAGUCCCAAAAGAGCUAUAGUUAUGGCAACUAUACCGCAUUUUGAUCCAAAGCAGAAGAAACCUUCUAUGUUCGAAUCUGCCGGUCGCAGUUUCGUUAUUCGAUUUCUCAAAUCCUACAUUUCUACUGGCUGUUUAAUUUUAUUAGAAGAAGGAGGUUCAACUCUUACUUUUGAGGGAGCUGAUAAAAGAUGUUCUCUAAAAGUUGAUUUGCAAAUCUUCAAUCCCCAGUUCUACUGGAAGGUAAUGACAAGGGCAGAUGUAGGCCUUGCCGAUGCUUAUAUUGAUGGGGACUUUUCUUUUUCCGACAAGGAUCAAGGUCUUUUACAUUUAAUCAUGCUGCUGAUCGCGAAUAAAGAUUCAAAUAAAUCAGUUUCAAAUUCGAACAAGAAAGGGAAUUGGUGGACACCAUUGUUUUUCACAGCUGGUUUUGCUACUAUAAAAAUGUUGUAUCAGCAUGCUUCCAGAAAGAAUUCUCUUACACAAGCUCGUAGAAAUAUCUCCCAACACUAUAAUGUGAGUAAUGAUUUCUUUGCCGUGUUCUUGGGUGAAACAAUGACUUACUCCACUGCUAUAUUCAAGACGGAAGAGGAAGACUUGAAAACAGCCCAGAUGAGGAAAAUUUCCAUUUUGAUUGAAAAGUCAAGAAUUCAAGAGAAACAUCAAGUUCUUGACAUUGGUUGCGGCUGGGGAACCUUCGGUAUUGAAGUUGUGAAGCGAACCGGAUGUAAAUACACUGGCAUUACUCUGUCUGAGGAGCAACUCAAAUUUGCACAAAACAAAGUCAAGGAAGCUGGCCUUCAGGAUCAUAUCACACUUAAACUCUGUGACUAUCGUCAACUGCCUGAAACAGAGAAAUUUGACAGAAUCAUAUCUUGUGAAAUGAUUGAGCAUGUCGGACAUGAAUACAUGGACGAGUUCUUCCGUUGCUGCGAAUCGCUGCUAGCCGAAAAGGGUCUUUUUAUUUUACAGUUCAUAUCUAUGGCGGAUGAGCAAUACGAAGAGUACAGGAGAAGUGCAGGUUUUGUGAAGGAAUAUAUAUUCCCUGGUGGAUGCUUGCCUUCAUUUAGUAGGGUCAUUUCAGCCAUGAAUAGUGCAUCAACACUGAGCGUGGAGCAUGUCGAAAACAUCGGAAGUCAUUACGGAAGAACAUUGAGAUUCUGGAGAAAAAAUUUCUUGGACAACAAGAGAAAAAUCAUUGAAAUGGGAUUUGAUGAAAAGUUGAUAAGGACAUGGGAAUACUACUUUGACUACUGUGCUGCUGGCUUUAUGACAUACAAUCUUGGUGAUUAUCAGAUGGUAUUUUCUCGGCCUGGAAACAUGGAGGCAUUAGGGGAUCCAUACAAAGGUUUUCCAUCAGCAUACUGCUGAUUUUUUUCGGCAAAGGCACCACCAUUCUGUUUUUAAUCCUUAUUGUAAAUUUGUUAUGUAACCGUUGCUAUUUCUUGUUAUGUGAAAAUAAAUUAUCUUGUGUUAA